CUUUCCAUUAUCAAUAAUUUGUACCGACAAGUGAAUAACGUGCUGUCGACACCCAUAACCACUAAAAACGCCGACAUAACUACCGCCGGUAAGCAUAUUUUGGAGCGAAUUAACCAAGCUAGAGAAUCAAAAUAUAGAGUCAUUCAAUACUACAACAUGAAUAUAACCGAGGUGGACGAGAACGCCGAGAAAAUUAUCAAGAUAUUCAUGGAUGUGAGCAAAGAUUUCCAGACAGAGAGUUGCUUACGUUUAGAGGAGCAAGAUAUGGGACGUUAUUUA